UCUCUCUCUCUCUCGCUCUCGCUCUCUCUCUCUCUCUCUCUCUCUCACUAUCUCUUUAUCUCUCUUUCUCUCUGUCCCUGAGGCACCAUUCCAACGACUGGAGUUACAGCUUUUUUCUGUUUUUAAAAGAGCUUUCUGGAUGUAGUCGCGUGGAUCCGUUUUCAAACCAAGCCUCACAUUUUUCUUCAUGCCCAUUUUUACAAGCCGAUUCUCUUUUGAAGUUCUGUCAAAACAGGAACUCAGCAGGACUCUGAGGCGCGUUCCACACUUUGCAUUUGUAGCACUAUCAGCUGUGAGAAUGGCCACGAGUAGAGGGGGCAUGCCUGGCUCUGUGCAGCAUUGAAGCCGCUCUCUAAAAUGAGCCAAUAAACAGACCUGUCUUGCAAUCCCCCCCUCUGGAAUCCCCUCCAACCUGCCACCAGCGUGGCGUGGCCCCCCAGCGGCUCUGGGGCCGACCUGGGACUGACAGUCAGUCCUGCUUGUCUACGGUAGCUACCGGUGGCAUCAGAACCAUGCAGGGCUCAGGUGGACUCUGAUAUCGCCCCGGGGGAAAAAGAAAGUAUUGGAACCCUACCAGAGUUUUCCUUUGAAACUGAACGAGGGGAAGUGAGGAGAAGUGAGGUACAUCCUACACAGCACAUCGGGACGUGGACUCUUCCGGAAUACAUCCCAUGAUCCUUCACUGCGAGGACAAACCCUGAGUGGAUGGACCAAGUCGGACCGGCCUAGUCAGAAAAUUGGAACCGAAAAAAAAAAACAAGAACAUCCUGCUUCUGACUCAGGGAAAUACACCUAAACCCCAGUUUGAACGCACACCUUCCACGCCGCCAAGAUGAUGACCAUGAUGGUGAUGACGGCGGCCAUGAUGGUGACCUGCGGCUCUCUGGUGCUGCUGGGGUUAGCCGCGGCGGCGCAUGCUACCUCCAGCGCCACGCCCCGAGCUGCCCCUUCAUCUGCCCCCAGCCCGGCCUCCUCAUCGGCCUCCCCCCGCAUGAAGCUAUCCUACAAAGAGCUGCAGCAGUUCCACGGUGUGAGGCGCUAUGAGCUGGACCGCUCAUGCUGCUUCGGCGCGCUGCUAUUGGACGAGGAAAGGGGCCGGCUCUUCGUUGGCGCCAAGAACUUCCUGAUCUCGCUCUCGCUGGAGAACAUUGGCAAGCAGGAGCAUAAGAUCUACUGGCCUGCCCCGGUCAACUGGCGGGAGGAGUGCAACUGGGCCGGCAAGGAGAUCAACGUUGAUUGUGUGAACUACGUGAAGAUCCUGCACCACUACAACCGCACCCACCUGUUCGCCUGCGGGACGGGGGCCUUCCACCCCACCUGCGCCUUCGUGGAGGUGGGACAGAAGUUUGAGGACGGGGUGUUCAGGAUCGACCCCACCAAGGUGGAGGACGGGAAAGGGAGGAGUCCCUACGACCCCCGCCACACCGCCGCCUCCGUCCUGAUCGGCGAUGAGCUGUAUGCGGGCGUGGCCACCGACCUGAUGGGGCGGGACUUCACCAUCUUCAGGAGUCUGGGGAAACGGCCGUCUAUUCGCACGGAGCAGCAUGACUCACGCUGGCUCAAUGAGCCAAAGUUCGUGGGGUCCUUCUGGGUGCCUGAAAGCGAGAACCCGGACGAUGACAAGAUCUUCUUCUUCUUCCGGGAGACGGCGGUGGAGGCGCAGGGCCUGGGCAAGUCCAGCUACUCCCGCAUCGGACAGCUGUGCAGGAAUGACAUGGGCGGCCAGCGCAGUCUGGUGAACAAGUGGACCACCUUCCUGAAGACCCGGCUCAUCUGCUCAGUCCCCGGAGCCGACGGCAGCGACACCUACUUCGAUGAAUUGCGUGAUGUGUUUCUGUUGCAGACGCGAGACAGGAAGAAUCCUUUGGUCUACACGGUCUUCUCUACUUCCAGCAGUGUAUUCAAAGGCUCGGCGGUGUGUAUCUACACCAUGAACGACAUCCGGAGGGCUUUCCUGGGCCCCUUCGCUCACAAAGAGGGCCCUAACUACCAGUGGGUCCCGUUCCAGGGCAAGGUCCCCUACCCGCGCCCCGGCAUGUGUCCCAGCAAGACGUUCGGCAGCUUCGACUCCACCAAGGGUUUCCCUGACGACGUGAUCCAGUUUGCGCGGCACCACCCGCUCAUGUUCAACCCGGUGUACCCGCUGAACCGCCGGCCCGUCUUCCUCCGCACCAACGUGGAGUACAGCUUCACCCAGGUGGCCGUGGACCGGGUCAACGCCGCCGACGGCCAGUACGACGUCAUGUUCAUCGGCACGGACAAAGGGACGGUUCUGAAGGUAAUCAGUGUUCCCAAGGAGCGCUGGAACAACAUGGAGGACCUGCUUCUGGAGGAGCUGGAGGUCUUCAAGGAUGCCUCAUCCAUCAUCAACAUGCAGAUCUCCUCCAAACGGCAACAGCUGUACGUGGGCUCGGACACAGGCAUCGCCCAGGUGCCCCUCCACCGCUGCAGUGUGUACGGGAAGGCGUGCGCCGAGUGCUGCCUGGCCCGAGACCCCUACUGCGCCUGGGAUGGCACCUCCUGCACGCGCUACCUGCCCAACACCAAGAGGCGUUUCCGUCGGCAAGACGUGAGGAAUGGAGACCCCAACACUCUGUGUUCUGGAGACCACCACAAGCAUCGCGUGAUCGAGCGGAAACUGUACGGAGUGGAGAGCAGCAGCACAUUCCUGGAGUGUAUCCCCAAAUCCCUGCAGGCCAGAGUCACCUGGACCUUCCAGAAGAACCCACAGCAGACUCGGGAAGAGGUGCGUCUGGACGACCGGGUCCUUCAGACGGACAGGGGCCUUCUGAUCCGCCGGGUCUUGAAGAAAGACGUCGGCGUCUACCAAUGCCACGCCAUGGAGCACGGCUUCACUCAAACCCUGCUGGGCAUCACGCUAGAAGUGGUCCCCUCCAGCUCCUCCUCCACCUCCAUCUCCAACCUGCCCUCCGACUCCCCCGUCCGAUUGGAGCCCCGCAGCGGGGGCGGGCCCUCGUCCACCAAUCAAAAGCUGUGGUACCGGGACUUCAUGCAGCUGGUGGACCAUCCCAACCUGAGCACCGUUGACCAGAUAUGUGAGCAAGUUUGGGCGCGCAAGGCGGCAAGCGAUCUAUCGGAGAAGGCCGCGGUAAAACAAGCCCCGCCCGUUGCCCCGGUCAACAGGCCGCCCAACAAGAAGUGGAAGCACCUCCAGGACAUCAGGAAGGGGAGGAACCGGCGAACCCACGACGGGAAGCAGAACCCGCGGGCCCCGCGCAGCGCCGGGGAAUAACCGGGAAGGAGAGACGGUCCAUGGCGGAGAGAGAGAGAGAGAGAGACCACGGUUUAGCAGAAGAAAGAUACAAACAAAAACAAAAUGUUAGAAAGACAUGGAAAGAGACCAAAUCAUCAUGGAUGGGUCGAAAUACACCUGCACAUGCACAGUACACACAAACACACACACACACAUGCACAAACAACAAACACACAUUGGCACGCAUAUUUACGUGCACGUACAUACAAAGACCGACUUGUAUAUUUAGCUAUGGACGUCCCCUAACUAUAUGGUACCCUCCCCUCAGCCCCGCCCAUCCACCAACUCCUCUACCAGACAACCUCUCGCACCUCUUUGCAAAUUAUGCAUGCAUCCCCCCCCCCCAAAAAAACACACACACAUUGCCCCUGGUUCUGCAUGUGGCUCGCUCGGUGAAUAUGACUCA